AUGUUGUUUAAAUCUUUAAUUCCUUCCACCAUUUUGGCUAUUUCCGCCUGUAUUACUUCAGUUGUUGCUGAUUUACCACCAAUUGAAAUUGUUGGUAAUAAAUUCUUUUAUUCCAAUAAUGGAUCACAAUUCUUUAUCAAGGGUAUUGCUUAUCAACAAAACCCAAAUGGUACUAACGCCACCUUCGUUGAUCCUUUAGCUGAUGCUGAUGCUUGUAAGAGAGAUAUUCCUUAUAUGCAAGCAGUUGAUACUAAUGUUAUUAGAGUUUAUGCUUUAGAUAAUACUGCUGAUCAUACUGCAUGUAUGGAAAUGUUACAAGAUGCUGGUAUUUAUGUUAUUGCUGAUUUAUCUCAACCAGAUGAAUCUAUUAAUAGAGAUACUCCAGAAUGGAAUUUAGAUUUAUUACAAAGAUAUACUUCAGUUGUUGAUUCAUUCCAAAAUUAUACCAAUAUUUUAGGUUUCUUUGCUGGUAAUGAAGUUACUAAUGCAGUUAAUAACACUGAUGCUUCUGCUUUCGUUAAAGCUGCUGUUAGAGAUACUAAGGCUUAUAUUAAGGCUAAGAACUAUAGAGAUAUUCCUGUUGGUUAUUCUGCUAAUGAUGAUAUUGAUAUUAGACUUCCUUUAGCUGAAUAUUUCGCUUGUGGUGAUGAAGAUGUUAGAGCCGAUUUCUUCGGUAUUAACAUGUAUGAAUGGUGUGGAUCUUCUUCCUUCAAGACUUCUGGUUAUGAAAACAUCACUGACAUGUACCAGCACAUAGGUAUUCCACUUUUCUUCUCCGAAUAUGGUUGUAACGCAGUCCAACCAAGAAAAUUCCAAGAAGUCGCCACUCUUUACGGUCCUGACAUGACUGGUGUCUGGUCUGGUGGUAUUGUCUACAUGUACUUCCAAGAAGAAAAUGAUUAUGGUUUAGUUUCUAUUGAUUCAAAUGGUGAUGUUAAGACUUUAGUUGAUUACAACAACUACAAAUCUGAAAUCUUGCAGAUUUCUCCAUCUGGUGUUGAUGCAGCUCAAGAGUCUUCAUCUUCUGUCACCAAUACUGAUUGUCCAACUUCUACUUCAAACUGGGAAGCUGCUACUGAAUUACCACCAACCCCAGAUAAGAACAUUUGUCAAUGUAUGGUCAACUCUUUACAAUGUGUUGUUGAUUCUAAUGUCGCGGAAUCAGAUUAUGGAGAUUUAUUUAACUACGUUUGUUCAAGAAUUGACUGUUCUGGUAUCAGUGCUAAUGGUACUACUGGUGAUUAUGGUGCUUACUCUCCAUGUAACGCUGAUCAACAAUUAAGUUUCGUCUUAAACCUUUAUUACGAAUCUCAAAAUAAAGCUAAAGAUGCUUGUGACUUCGAUGGUCGUGCUUCUAUUCAAAGUGCUGCCACUGCUUCAACCUGUUCCGCUUACUUAAAAUCUGCUGGUGUUUCAGGUUUAGGUACUGUGGUUGGUGCUGUUCAAACUGAUGCUGCUGAAUCUGGUUCUCAAACCGGUUCUAAGACUGACUCUCAAAGCUCUGGUUCUUCUACUGGUGACAACAAGAAGUCCGGUGCUGCUCCUCAAUACGGUUCAAACACUUGGACUAAGGUCGCUACCGUCGGUGUUUCUAUGUUUGCUGGUUUCUGCAUGCUCGUUCUCUAA